GAAGUGGCGGACCGGGCAGGGCCUCGCUUCCUGUGCUGCGGCGCCGCCUCGGCGCUAUGGCUGCGCUUGGCCGGCAGGUCCUCGGGGGGCAACGCCUAGUCCCACUCUCCUGGGCCUGUGUGGCCAGGCGGACUUCUCAUCCCCCCGAACGGGGAAGGACUAAACAGACGACUGCUUCCCAUGGAGGGAGCCUGGAGGAGGCAUUCCGUGUUGGACCCAGGAACUCUGUGCAGCAACCAGUGUGCAGGACAAAUCCUGUUCAGGGCCUCCCUGAGAAGCAGAGCACACCUGUGGAUAGUGGGUCGUUAGAGCCAGAAAAAGUCAUCAGUUCCCUCCUGGACAUGGGUUUCAGCGAUGCCCAUGUCAAGGAUUUGCUCAGCACAUUGCCAGGUGUCAAUCUUCAGCAGUUGCUGGACAUCAUUUCAGAAUUGAUACUCCUGGGUCUGAAUCCUGAGCCUGUGUGUGUGGUCUUGAAGAAGAGUCCCCAGUUACAGAAACUGCCAGUUGUACAAAUGAAGAAGCGCUCCAAUUACCUGCGAAAGCUGGGCCUUGGGGAAGGGAAACUAAGGCGGAUGCUCCACGGUUGCCCUGAAGUCUUCACCAUGCGUCAGCAGGACAUUGAUGACACUGUCAAGUUGCUCAAGGAGAAGUGCCUUUUCACAGCUCAGCAGGUCACUGAGAUUUUGCACAGAUGCCCCAGUGUUCUUCAGGAGAACCCCAGUGAAUUGGAAUACAAAUUCCAGUAUGCAUACUUUAGGAUGGGAGUCAAGCACCUGGACAUAGUGAGGACUGACUUCCUUCAGUACUCAGUAAACAAGAUCAAGCAGAGACACAGCUACCUGGAGCGCCUAGGACGGUACCAAACCCCUGACAAGAAGGGGCAGACGCAAAUCACUAACCCUUUGCUCAAGGACAUUCUCAGAGUGUCAGAAAGUGAGUUUUUGGCCAAAACAGCCUGUUCUUCUGCUGAAGAGUUUGAGGUUUUUAAAAAGCUCUUGGCUCGGGAGGAGGAGGAGCAGGAAGAGGAAGAGGAGCCUGAGAGCAGCACAUCUGAGGACAAAGAGGAGCAGCUGUGACGAAGGAUGGAUGGGGAGCAGGGCCUGGGCCUGUCAGGGGACAUGCACCUUGUCCAAGCCUUGGGAGCUUCACUUGGACUUUCUCAAUGUUUUUCAUUCUCACACAGGUCUUCUGAUGAAAAAGUCAUUCAGACCACACAGGAUGCCCUGGUGUGGUCUGUCACCAGGUUUUGUGGGCAGGCACUGUUCUAAUAAAAGGCAACUUUUAAAAUGGGA